GGGGCGGAGCCGUUGGGGCCGGAGCUGUGGAGGCGCCGCCGCCGCUGGGCCGCAGAGCGGGGCUGGGGCGGGCGAGGCGGGCGUCAUGGCGGCGCGGCAGCUGCUGCUGCUGCGGCGGGGCUACAGCAGCGCGGGCGCUGCCGAGUACCUGCACCGCAGCAUCGUGCCCACCAUGCACUACCAGAAGAGCCUGCCCAGACUGCCGGUUCCCAAGCUAGAAGAUACAAUUAAGAGAUACCUGAAUGCACAGAAACCUCUUUUAAACGAUGACCAGUUCAGGAAAACUGAAGAACUUGCUCAUCAGUUUGAAAAGGGGAUUGGAAGAGAGCUGCAUGAGCAAUUAGUUGCUCAAGACAAACAGAACAAGCAUACUAGUUACAUCACAGGUCCCUGGUUUGAUAUGUACCUAAAAUCACGUGACCCUGUUGUUCUGAAUUUUAAUGCAUUUAUGUCUUUUAAUCCUGACCCAAAAUCUGAGUAUAAUGAUCAACUCAUACGAGCUACGAAUAUGACUGUUUCUGCUGUACGUUUUAUGAAGACCUUCAGGGCUGGUUAUCUUGAACCUGAGGUUUUUCAUCUCAAUCCAGAAAAAAGUGACACUGAGAUCUUUAAGAAAAUUAUCCGAUUUGUGCCUUCCUCACUUUCUUGGUUUGGUGCCUACAUGGUCAAUGCAUACCCCCUAGAUAUGUCUCAGUACUUCAGGCUUUUCAAUUCUACACGGUUGCCUAAACUCAACAGAGAUGAGCUUUUGACAGAUGAAAAGGCAAAACACUUGCUGGUAAUGAGAAAAGGGAAUUUUUAUGUAUUUGAUGUUAUUGAUAGAGAUGGAAAUAUGGUGAAACCUUCAGAAAUACAAGCACACUUGAAAUACAUCCUCAGUGACAACAGUCCAGCCCCGGACUUCCCACUUGGCUACCUCACCAGUGAAAACCGAGAUACUUGGGCAUUGCUGAGAAAGAAUCUACUGGAUAGCGGCAAUGAGGAAGCUCUUCAAAAAGUAGACACUGCUCUGUUUUGUCUAAGUUUAGAUGAUUUUCCCAUUAAAGACUUUGUGCACUUGUCCCAUACUAUGUUGCAUGGAGAUGGUGCUAACCGCUGGUAUGACAAAUCCUUUAAUCUUAUCAUAGCUAAAGAUGGCACUGCAGGAAUUAAUUUUGAACAUUCCUGGGGUGAUGGUGUGGCUGUGCUCAGAUUCCAGAACGAAGUCUUUAAAGACAGUACCAAAGUACCAGCUGUCAGCCCUCAGUCGCAGCCUGCUUCCGUAGACUCUUCCAGAGCAGUGCAGAAACUUGACUUUAAGCUGAAUGAUGCCUUAAAAGCAGGAAUUACCAAAGCAAAGCAGAAGUUUGAUGCCAGUGUAGAAUCACUGUCUAUUGAUAUGAUUCAGUUCCAUGAAGGGGGCAAGGAACUUCUAAAACAGAAGAAGGUGAGCCCAGAUGCUGUGGUUCAGCUUGCCUUCCAGAUGGCUUUCCUUCGACAAUACAAUCAGACGGUUGCUACGUAUGAAUCUUGUAGUACUGCAGCUUUCAAACAUGGUCGCACAGAAACUAUCCGUCCUGCCUCUAUUCAUACAAAGAAAUGUUCGGAGGCUUUUGUCAGGGAACUGUCAAAACAUAGCACAGAAGAGCUUCAGAAGUUGAUUGUGGAGUGCUCCAAAUACCAUGGCCGUUUGACAAAAGAAGCUGCUAUGGGUCAGGGAUUUGACCGACAUCUCUUUGGGUUGCGCUAUUUAGCCCAGUCCAAAGGUAUUGCAUUGCCUGAUUUCUAUCAAGACCAAGCCUAUGCUCGACUUAAUUACAACAUCAUUUCUACAAGCACAUUAGUUAGCCCAGCUGUGCAGUUAGGAGGAUUUGGCCCAGUGGUGCCUGAUGGCUAUGGAGUAGGAUAUCAAGUACAUGAUGAUUGGAUAGGUUGCAAUGUUUCAUCUUACCCAACUAGGAAUGGUAAAGAAUUCCUUCAGUGCAUACACAAGUCACUGGAAAAUAUCUUCAGUGUUUUAAAGGGCAAGAAGGUAGGUAGUUAGACAAAAGGGGUGGAAGACUUACAGUUGUGAUGGAGAAUACAGACCUUGUCUAAUUGGCAGUACCUACUAAUCAGUGUUCAACGUGGCUGAAACUGAUGAGCUAAGUUGGCUUCAAUUAGCUUCCUUGAAUUUGAAUACUGUGUAGAUUCAAUUUGAAAUUUUUAUCUAUUUUAAAGAAAUCAAGUGCAGACCUUGAAUGCAUUAUUUCAGGAAAUACAAGCAUUCAUGAUGUUGAAAAAUGAAGUAACAGAACUGUUAAAACAGAUCCACGUGCUCUUAAAAUACAUUUAAAAUAAAAAGCAUCGUUACCAAAUUUGUGACCUCUAACAUCUUUGUUCUAUGAGUGUUCAGGCAGACAGCAGCACUGUGAAACCACCCUUAAACUGUUUGGUUUUAAAAUAAUAUAUGCAAUAGUUUUAAAUAUGAAAGAGUGAUUAUGUUUGCACUCUUGCAGUAAGCUUGCUUACUAACUUGUCACACCUACUUUUCUCUUUAAACUUGAAUCAACAUCAGAACUGAUUGUACCUCAAUGGUUUGAAGCCUUUCCAAUAUAACAGCUUUUUGAGAAACAAAAAAUGAAGUACAAGGCUUUAACUAACCUGCAGUCACCAACUGUGCUGUUAAAUUGACGAAAAGACAAUUGUGAUGCAAUAAAGCUAUAUAAUAAUAACCACAAAGUUAUUUUAUUACUGGUAUCAAAAUUAUACAGUGUGGGUAGUCUAUCAGUAUCUCAUGUUUCUUGUAAAAGUUAGAAAGAAUACUUUUCAAAGCCUGCUGCAGUGUUGUCUUUCACCUUCCAUAUGUGAAGUUUGUCCAAUAAUCUGCUGCUUUUGUUCUGCUGUGUACACGUGCUCCUGUGCCUUCAAAAAGUCACUGAACUUUAUCAUUGGAAUUCUCUUUCCAAUAUUCCUCCUGCUGUAGUGACCUUAACAGAAUAUUUUUCUCAUUUUUUUCCUUACUUUUGUACUUGCCUUUGGCUGCAAUUCUUGAUGUCAUUUAUUGUACCAAAUAUCAGAGUUUUAGUGCUUAGAGAUGCAUCUUUAAUGCAUCAGGGUUUGUUGUAGAAAUUCUAAAGACUAAGGCUUCGCCAAACAUGCUGAAGGGUUCAAGGAAAGCUUGAGCAUAACACAUCGCUAUAAAGCAGUCACACCAUGAAUUCAAGAUCAAACUGCCACAGACAGGUUCCUCAUAGUGCUCGUAACUCAGACUUACCAUGAUUAUCCUUGCAAUUUAUAUGAAGAAGGGAAGGUGAUCAUUUUGGGGGGUGAAGGAACUAAUUUAAUCAGAGCAAAAGUCUUUGAAUGAAGUUUCUUAGAGGAAGUUGGUGUUUUUUUGAACAUGAGAACUAUUAGCAAGAUAGCGAGAGCACUUUCCAGAAGUAGGAAGUCUGUCUGCAAUUUGAAAUGAGUAAAGUUGAUCUACAGAAAGAUAAUUUGAUUUUCAGAAGGUGUAACAGCUAGGCAUAAGCGUCAGUGUAAGUCAAACUCAGUAUUCUCAGUAAAUUCACUUCAUUGUCUUUAAGAGCUGCCAGUUCAAAUAAAGAUCUAGCUUUUUGCUUGAA